AUGCACAACAUCCUCCUCACUGGUGCCUCUGGCUAUCUUGGCGGCAGCAUCUUAGCCCAGCUACACAAACCCAGCAUUGGUAGCACAAUUCUGCCAGCCCAUGGUACUAUUUACACACUCGUUCGCAACGAUACUCAAGCCCAAGCGGUCCGAGACUAUGGCGCAGAGCCCACGUCAUUUGAUCCAGGAGAUGAAGCCGCCAUUGAGAGCUUCAUUUUAGGUCACGAAGUGUCAGUAGUGGUUUGGUUCAUUGACGUAGUGAGUGUCGAGAGACAGACGCUCUUCAUUCGAGCCCUGGCCAAAUUGCGGCAACAGACCGGCAAGGAGGUCCAUUUCUCGCAGACAUCAGGGGCAAAGAUAUUCUCCGAUUUAGCGGGAGCUCUGACGGAUAAGCCACUACUAGAUACAGAUCACAAGCUGUAUGAAAUCCAAAGUGAGCGGCAGACUCGAGCUCCAUUCCCGGCAUUUCAAAAGGCCGUUAGCACGAACAAUACCGUGAUCAAGCUUGCGGAGGAGCUCGACGUAAAGAGCUACAUCAUUGCAUCAUGCAUUGUGUAUGGCGAGGGGUUGGGCUUUGGCAAUAAGAUUUCCGCCCAGACUGUAGCUAUUGUGAGGGCAGCCAAGGAGGCAAAGCGUGUCUAUCGCGUUGACGAUAACUCUCCGACUUGGCCCGUAUGCCACAUCAGAGAUAACACUGAUCUCUACAUUCGACUGCUCGCCGCCAUCCUCUCUGAGAAUGAUAACAUCGGGCAUGGACGACAAGGUUAUUACCUACCUUCGCCAGGCAGUGUGGCAUGGGACGACCUCUAUGCCCGUAUGGCGAUAUCAUUGGCGAAGAAAGGCAUUGUAGAAGACGAGCAAGUUAAGUUGGCGGAUGAUACGGCCCUUGAGACGAUGAGCCGCGGUCUAAACUGUCCUAAAGCCUAUGUGCGCGUGCAAUUGGCUGGCAAAUGCACACUUACACCGAAGCAUGGCACAGAAGCUCUAGGAUGGGUACCGAAGUUUGCGCCGGAACAUAUCCUAGAGACUGCGGAAACCGAGGUUGAGCUUAUCUUGAAGCACAUUUGA